CACUCUGAAACCUCGAUUCACUCGAAACCCAGGUUGCCACAAUUCAUAUCAAACGCUGUCGUUACCGGCCCAGGUUGCAUAGCCGUCCCAAUUGCCGUUCACUCUCUUUGGCAGUCUUUAGGGUUCUUCGUGGAAGCGAUAAAAUUCUGGCCGGCCUCUCACCGCACUCUCCCCGGUCAUUAGCUCAUUGGCGACGUGCUUUCGGUAUCCCGUCGGCGGCAUGUUUCUGCUAUCACCGCAAAAGUAAACGGUUGUACUCGGCGUUACUUCUCCUCACAUUGUAAUAGCUUUUGCUGAGAUUACUCGGGUUGUUCCAUAUUUAUCGAGCAAACAAAAAUGGUGGAAAGGAAGCUCUUCAAGACGAAGUUAUGCAUACUCUAUCAGAGAGGUCACUGUCACCGCCAGAACUGUUCAUUUGCUCAUGGGAGCGCUGAGCUCCGGCACAUCGGAGGCUCUUUCAACGCCGCAGAUAGAAGGAACAAUAGAGGAGGUGACCUUAGGGAUAAGCUUGGCAAGAGGCUUUCUCCAGAGAGAAAGUAUUCUCCGGAUGGAGAUUCCAGAGGCCGGCGAAAAUUUCCCGGGUCUAGCACUUCAAGAUCACCUGAGAGAAACGGUGACAGGAAGCGAAGGAGAAAGAAUCUGUUUGAUGUCCAGAGUGACAUGAAAGUCUCAGAUGGUAUGGAAGAUCAGUUAAGAAAGCAGAAAAGUGCAUCUGAUUCCAGACUAGCUCUUGAGAAGCAGUUCAAGGAAGUGCAGGCAGAUAUUGACAUACUUGAUCGCGACAGAUCUCAGUUGAGGAUCUUAGUGGAGGAGAAAGUUGAGGAAGCAGAUAGUCUUAAUUCUAGAAUAGAGGAGCUUGAGUCUCAGCUUUCUAGAGAGAAAGAAGAAUGUAAAAGGAUUACUUCGAAAAUAAAGAAGUUUAUUAGAGCACAAAAACGUUAUGUCCGGGAUCAAGACGAACUCAAAAGGUCACAAGGCCGACUGCAGAAGUUGGGAAAUCAGCUUGGGUCUAGUCUUUCUGUAAUGGACGGCAAUGAAGAGGACUCGAGCAUCAAUAUUGUCAGUGAUGGUGAAAACAACACUAAUCAUGGGACCACCAGGAGGAAUGAGGUCCAAAAUUUUUCUUCUGUCAGCAAGAAAAGUUUGUCCGAUAAACGGGACGUCGUUGAAGAACUAUUCCAAGGCAACCCAGCCAGCGGCGGAGCACAUCAUGUUGAGACUUUUAAAAUGGAUUACCUUCCAAAUGUACCAGUUCGGUCGACUGUCAACAAGGACACUGAAUUGGUUCUCAGUGGGAAUGAUGGUCGUGGACAGCAGGGAAGUAAGGGGAAGCAAAGAGGAGGUAAAGGUGCUUCUUUCAGCACACCACCUUCCGAUAAGCAAAAGGGACCAUCUGGUUCCAUGGCUUUGAUACCAUCCACCAGCAUUGCUGCUCAUGCAUUUGAUGAGACGGUAGACAUUGAAGGUGAGGAGAAAGUAGAGGUGGUUGAAAAUGUUUCUGCAGCAGGUUUCAAUAAUGGAAGCUCCUCCGAUGAACCCAGAAGGAGGUUCUCCUUCUUGCCUCCCCUGCUUCCUUCAAUCUCCAAAAAUCAUUAUUCUCAGUACAAGGGUAAUGAUGAGAGCGUGAAUGGGGAUGACGAGAUGGCAGAGGUGGACAUAGUUUGAUGGCCCUGUUGCUGCCCCUGCUGCUGCAUUUUGCUUUUUGGAUUCGUGUCAACGGCACUUCAAUCCUCGGACGCUGUUUGAUGGCAUAUCAGUUUUUUUUUUUUUUUUUUUUUUGUAUAGCCCUUUUGUUUGCUGGUCGACUGUUUUAGUUUUGUAUGAAGUCUUUUACGUCGACGAGGAUAGUUUCCUAAGAGCAAGGUGCUAAGCAACGACAGAACAUUUGUAGGGUUUUCCAGGAGGAACAGAAGUGACUUGUUUUAUUUUUAUUAUAUAUAUGUGGUUGUCUUAAAUUUGGUUCAUACUGUUGCUUGGGAAGUGCGUUCCGAUAUAUAUUUGAUUCCAUAUCGGGAAAAGAGC